AUUAUAUUAAUUGAUAAACACAAUUAAGCAAAUGCGCUUUUUUAUUUAAAGUAGUCGGGAUGUCGCAUUUCAAUUAACGCCACUAACAUGGCUACACUGCAUGUCGUUUUCACCACUCUGGUGCUUCAAGCGUCGUGGGGCCUUGCAUUCUCGUCUCUGCUGGGCCCGCGCACCGUCCCAAAGGUCCUCGACCAACAAAUAAAAGAGAACAAAUAUUGCUUCUCUUGCAUUAAAAUUGACAACAUUUGCUACAACCACACCUACUUGCUCGAGUUUCCAGCCCCCUUUGCUGAACACUACCCCGUUGUUAAAAGAAUGGGCACCAUGAACUUAACUAACGUUCUAUACUACACCUUCGAACCGAAGUUCAGCGAUGAAGAAUACUCCAAAGUCGCCUACGUUUCCUUAUACUAUCCGGAAUUCUAUGGCGUCAUAUCUGGCUGGCAUUCUCACAACUUUGGUCCCUUUGAUAUAGACCACAAAGAAAAAAAAGUAUACCUAGGUGGUUCCGAUGGAAUAUGGGUUGUUGACGAUACCAACUAUUUUCCAAAAUAUUUUAUGGCGAAAACGAAUCUCAUCACAAAUGUUGUAGUAAAAGAUUAUUUGUACUUUACAGCAGCAAAUCGUAAUGGCAUUUUUAAAUAUAGGGACGCUACUUUAUCUUUUUAUUUAAUGGACCAAAAAAUACAUACAUUUGUUCUGGAUGACGAAUUGAACAUCGUAUUUGUAAACGAUACUGGAUUAUUUAUCUCCUUUCACAAUAUUAACCAGGAAGAAGUAAAAUUAUCAUCGGAACGUUGGUUUAAAGGUUUGACUGUCGAUAUGAAAGGAACAGUAUACGCCUGGCAUGCUGUAAAUGGAAUAAAUAAAGUUAGUGUAGGCAAUACUCCUUCUGAGACUACAUUGAAACGUGUAACAGGUAUAGCUCCUGAUGCAAUGACGUUUGAUGAAUCAAACAACAUCCUAUAUUCGGUAAAGAAAAAGUUGUACAAGUUGACUAAAGUUGCUACCAGUAAGUGUUUUGGUCGGUAAUUCGAGUUCAUGAGUAAGGGUAACUCAACUCAUAAGAUUACGUAGACUUCUACUUUAUUUUGUUCUAUCUGAAUAUAUUUAUACCUGAUUUUAUUUACUUACUGUAAUGCUGUAUAUUUUACUUUGAACCAUUAAAAGAACCUUUUGUCUUCAGUUAUUUUGAAAUAAAUGUACCUAUCUUAGAUGUUGCU